AUGUCUUUCGUACGGUGGACUAUCGAUGAAUUUAUUGCGUUAGAGAUGGGAUUUUCCGCAGACGUGGCACGAUCAUUGGUUCAGUUAUUUGAAGAUGGAUGUGAGGUACCAUUUAUUGCCCGUUAUCGACGGCAUUUAAUUGGUGGAGCAACACCUGAUGAUUUGAGGCAUGCAGUGGAAACCUUCAAGAAUGCAAAAGCCAUCAAAGCUAAAGCAGAAAAACUUUUAAAGCGAGCUGAUGCUGAAAUUGAAAAUGGUACCUUGAAGGAGUCGGUGAAGGACGCUCUUUCAAAAACAAUGGAUGCUGGUGAAUUGGACAAUUUAUUCGAACCUUUCAAAAAAGCCAAAAGAGGUUCUUUGGCUUCAAGAGCAGCUGAAUUGGGUGUUGGUGAGAUUUGUCAAAAGCUCUGUGGUGGAGAAUAUGUUAAUUUUCAACGUUUCGUUGGUUCUAAACCAGAACUAAAUACACUGGCAAAAGUAGAAGAGGAGACAGUACAUCUGUUAUCUCAUGAAUUACAUCGCUUAGAGGAAACGCAAAUUUUAUUGCAAAAAUUAGCUGAACUAAACAAUCAUUUGAAUAUUCGUUUAAACGUAAAAUCGACACUUACCAGAAAAGCAAAAGUCUUAAAAGAAAUAGACAAGGAUUUUCCCUUGCUCGAUCAUUUCAAAUUAUAUCUAAAUUUUGAAAAAGAUGUUCGAUUUGUUCAACCUUUUCAGAUUUUAGCUCUGGAACGAGCUUCUUCGAAAGAAAUCAUAAACUGGAAAAUAGCUGUAGAUGAUAGUAUUGCAAGAGUUCAUCCAGGCUUAAAACUCAACUUUCAUCUUAAACAUGUAGAUUUGCUCAAAAAAGCUGUCCAGGAUUCUACGAAACGUUUCCUUAUACCUUCAAUUGAACGAAGAGUUCGAAAGAAAUUACUUGAUCGAGCAGAAAAUUCGGCAAUCGACUGCUUUGCCAAAAACCUUCGCGAAUUGCUGCUCACGGCUCCUCUAAAAGGUUAUGCAGUACUUGCGAUUGAUCCCGGAUAUUCUCAUGGAUGUAAAUGUGCAUUGGUCAAUGAUAACGGUGACCUACUUCAAACAGCAGUAUUUCACUUACGUCGACUUGACGCCAAGCACUGGGGUCCGGAUGAACGAGCCCAGCAAAUAUUGAAAACGCUCGCAUCAAAAGCAGUUAAUUCUCCUUUCGUAAUAGCUGUUGGAAAUGGUACUGCAAGUCGAGAAACGCAGGUCUUCAUAGCUUCGUUAAUUCAGCGCGGUAUAAUUGGUGCGAAAUUUUGCGUAGUUUCCGAAUGUGGUGCAUCCAUUUACAGUACAACAGAAUUAGCGGCAGAAGAAUUGUCAGGAAUUGAUAUUAAUUUGCGAAGUGCAGUGUCGCUUGCCAGACGUAUCAUUGAUCCUAUCUCGGAAUAUGUGAAGAUUGCACCGAAACAUCUUGGUAUUGGACUGUAUCAGCAUUCGCUGAAUGAAAAACGCUUGGACGAAAUGUUGGAUAUAGUCGUGCGCGAAUGUGUUAGCAAUGUUGGCGUUGACGUGAACGUAGCCUCACUACAAGUUUUGCAGAGAGUAUCGGGUUUGAAUAAGAAAACAGCUUCUAAUAUAAUCAAAUACCGCCAAAACAAUGGAAACAUAAAAAGCAGAGAAGAGCUGAAGAGUAUCAACGGAAUCGGUCCAAAAUGUUUUGAGCAUUGUGCUGGGUUCCUUUAUGUAUAUAACGAUAGUAAAUUGGACGAACCAGUGAAAAAGAAAUCAAAACUUGCAGCAGAAUACAAUCCUUUGGAUGCAACUCCUGUUCAUCCAGAAAGUUACAAGAUUGCCAAGCAGAUACUGCAAUAUGCUGGUGCCGAUUUGACACACAUUGGCCAGAAUUGCUUGUUCCAAAUGUUAGCAGUGACUGAACAACGAAUUAGAGAACAGGGUCCGGAAUGGGUCUUGGUGUGGGAAUUAUUAUCAAAUCCGUUUGUAAGGAAAAAUGCGCCAGUGCUUUUGACGAAUGUACCAGAAAUGAAGUCGCUGAAAGUGGGUGAUAUUUUGGAAGGCAUUGUUCGAAAUCAUGCUAAUUUUGGUAUAUUUAUCGAUAUCGGAGUAGGCUUCAAUGCGUUAGCGCAUUCAUCAACUCUACCGUCAGUUGUUCCCGAGAUAAAUUCUGCAGUGAAGGUACGAAUCACACGGAUGGAGAUAGAUCGGCGUCGGAUUGGUGUCAUUUUAGUUUGA